AUGUUCACUCGAUUCUCACUUCGUGCUCUCCGCGCGCAUUCACCCUCAGCGGCGUUGGCGCAACGGUCCUUCACGCAGACCUCCGCACUCGCUCCGCACAUCUCACGCGUAACACAAAACGUCUCCCUUCAGUCCUCGCGAUGGAUUUCAAACCAACCACUUCGAAGACCUACACUAGCCUACCACUACAUCCCGGGCGCUCGACCCUCGACCCACCGCGCAUUCACCUCAACUUCACACCCAAAGGCCCAAUACAACCGCUCGAACCAAUACAACCGCUUUAAUAACCGCGGCUCCCUCUUCUACACCCUAAUUCAAAACUCCAGACCCCAUCACUUCGUCAUAAUCGGCAUCGGCCUCUCAGGAAUAUACUUCUACAACACAGACGUCGUCUCUGAAACAGGCCGACGCCGCUUUAUCUGCGUCUCAACCGCACAAGAACUAAAGUUCGGCGAAGAAGGAUACCGCGAAGCGCUUAAUGAAGCCCGCGGGAAGAUCCUACCUGAUUACCACCCUCUCGUGAAGACCGUGGAUCGUGUAUUGCAGAGAUUAAUUCCGCUUGCGCCGAUUGAGGGGGCGGAAUGGAAGGUCCACGUUAUCAAGGAUGAUGGCAUGGCGAAUGCGUUUGUUUUGCCUGGAGGGAAGGUAUUCGUCUAUACUGGCAUUUUGCCGAUUUGCGAAAAUGAAGAUGGACUUGCUGCUGUCCUGGGACAUGAGAUUGCGCACGUUGUUGCGAGACAUCCUGCGGAGCGGAUGAGCAAUAGUUUCCUUACUCUUGGGGCUGUUUUUGCGGUUUCGUUGCUUUUUGAUGUCUCUGGACAGCUUACUUCGUUUUUGGUCAACCUGAUGUAUAGCUUGCCGAACUCACGGUCGCAGGAGGCGGAGGCGGAUAAUAUUGGGCUGAUGAUGAUGUCCAAGGCUUGCUUUAACCCGGAGGCUGCUGUUCGGCUAUGGGCUCGGAUGCAAAAGCAGGAGAAGGGGUCACCUCCGCAGUUCAUGUCCACGCAUCCUUCGAGCUACAACAGAGAGGAAGCUAUUCGUGGAUGGCUCGAGAAAGCCGAAACCAUCUACUCGGACAAUGGGUGUGGCUCCCUUGGGAAGUACAUGCCGGCCUUCCACGAUGCGGCUCAAUCGUAUAAGCCUUCUUACGGGUGGUGA